AUGGCUGAAAAUACGGAGGAGAAUGCUAGUUCAUCAGAUCAGAUCGACCGCAAUCAGAGUUUUGGGGAUGUAGAUGAACGCAUACCGAGAUUGGUGAGGAUAUCAUCAUUGCAUCCCAAUUAUGUGAGACAGAACUUGAGUCUGACAGUCAGUCCUGUGAAGCUUUUGCUCGAGGGAGACUUGAUGUCGAUGACGAAGGACUGGAGUCAAAUGGAGAUGGAAGAUGAGAGGAGAUUAGUGCGCUUCAAGUUCAAGAGGGAAACACCUACGGAUUAUUAUAUCACUUUUGAAGCAGUCAGUAAGCAAGAAUUCACACACGAACAGCCCAUAAUUUCAUGUAUAUUCUGGAAAGAGAAAAACUUGCAUAUUUCAACGUCCGUUGAUAUUAUAUUGAUAUUGGAAUAUUUGGUAGAACAAUGCUUUACUAUAGAGGAGAAAAAUAGGAUACGGAGGAAUUUGCAGUCCUUAAAGCCGUAUACUGUUUCUCGUUCCAAUAAGUCAUGCCAGCGUUUUUUUAAUGUCUUGAUGAGCAUGGAAGAUCCAAGACCCCGGAACAUCGAGAAGGACCUCAAGGUAUUCAAAUGGAGUGAUUUGUUCAAUGCCUUUAAUAAAGUGAUAUCGAAGUAUUCGACAAACAUGCCAAAGAAUGUUUCUCCUCUGGGGGACGGUGGUAUUGCUCAGGACAAAUCUCUUCCUGGUGAUUCAGAUAUACUUGGUGUCAACGGUGCUGGUAUAUCUAAGGGCCGUAGUGAUGAUGGGUUGAUUGCAAGUAGUAAGAAUAGUGAAAUGUCAUCAUUUUUGCCGAAUGAAAGGUUAAAGAUAUUGAAAAGGAAAGUCACCCAAUCAAGAAACCUGAAUCAGUUGAGUAUAAAUGGAAGACAUAAAUUAUUUCAACAUGCUAUAACUCCAACGGAUCCUAUCCCAAUUAGACACGACAAUGAUAAAACCAAUGGGGAUUUCAAGUUCGAUAAGGAAAAUAAUUUCGACAGCGAUAAUAGUGAGAACGUUGGCAAAAACAACACGUAUAACAAGAAUAGCGAUAUUAGACAAAGUGAGGAUUGUUACAAACAGAAAGUGAAUCCUUGUCUCGCAGAACCGGAACCAAAAGUUAAGAUGCAAACUUCUAUAACGGGAGAUGAAUUACCGGAUAGUUUAAGCUCACAAUCAGUUUCUGGAUUAGAAGUGAAUUCAGGACUAGGUAGUUAUAGCUCAAUGCUAGUUUCGAUUUCCCCCGCUUCAGAUUCAAGAAAUUCCAAUACCAAGACUAAUAUCAAUAACAAUAGCAACAGCAAUAGCAAUACUACCAAUACUAAUACUAAUACUAAUACUACCAAGUCAAAUGAAAAGUCAAAUGAAUCGUCAAGUGGUCAUUCUUCGGAUGUUUUCACUAAUGGCAGUUCGAGGAGUACACAAGUAUCACUGGAUUUCUUAUAUACGAGCAGUAUUGGGCUUGAUGCACGAAAGAAAGUGCUAUCGGAUCAAAGGCUUGACCAUAUCAGCAAACCUUUAAGUAAUGGUCAAGUACAACAAGAAUCUUAUUUUAAAGAACGUCAUCAUACUCAUUAUUUUCAAUAUCCGUCACAGUCGCAAUUAUAUAAUGAUACUGAGUACAAACCGUUGAGUGCUAAUAAUGUUCGAAUUCACGAAGAGAAAACAACAAAUGGAAAAAUUGACAAGGUGAAGCUUCCUUCCAUAAAACCUAGUAUAAAUAAACUGAACACAUUAAGAGAGAGAGGAAUUGAAUUACCACCUCUAAAACAGCUGGGUGGCGGCCAAUUUCAGUUUAAUGGUCCAUUGCCGGGUCCCAGUAUGAUUCAAUCGAAUAUAGAGGAGUAUAGAAAGCAGCCUAUUGCUGUUACCCCUAGUACUAUUACUCAGCAGGUUUCCAGUGGAACAGAAGGCUUUGUGGUUAAUUUGAAUCCAAUUACUGACCUGUUUCGUCCACCAGAGCGCCAAUAA